AUGAGUGUGGCGUCAACGGCGGCGUACGCUGCUCGGCGGGCAGCGCAGCGGGAGCGGGUUCGGAUCCUCUACCGGAAGGCUCUGAAGGACACUCUGAACUGGGCAGUCCACCGUCACCUCUUCUACGAAGAUGCUGAUAAUCUUCGGGCGAGGUUUGAGGUGAAUAGAGGAGUGGAAGAUCCUGACACAAUUGAUAGGCUCAUUGCUGAUGGUGAGGCACAAUACAAUAAGUGGCGGCAUCCUGAUCCUUACAUAGUUCCAUGGGCUCCUGGUGGUUCUAAGUUCACUCGAAACCCAACUCCGCCUGAAGGGAUUGAGAUCGUCUACAAUUAUGGCCGAGAAGAUAAUGACUGAAACCUGCCUCUUUUCCCGUGCAAUAAUAAAGAUAGGGUUGAUCCAUGAACGCUGGGGAAGAUUAAGACUCGGUCCCCAGUUUGGUUGAUUCAUCUGAGGGUCACGCAGCUGUCUUUGUGCUUUUUGUUUCCUGAUAAAAUGUGGUUUGGGGAACAUGGGCAGAAUGUUUGAAUGAAAUGAUCAAGCCUUAAAUGCCAAAGGACUUGUGACACAUUUAAUUUUAUUCCUAUUCCAGUCACCAUGCCCUGUAGACAAUACCGCGGUCUGGGUGUUUGUUUGAUAGAAUGUGGGAAUGGCCAUUCAAACCCUUGUUCAAUCGCAUGCUGCAGCCACCAUGAUUUCUUCCUCGAAGGUGGCAGCAUCGGUCUGCCACCAACUUAGUGAAUUGUACUCUGUGGCUUAGGCGUCGAAUAUGAUAUCAGCUGGGGAGUCGCCAUCGAAGGGCUGGUUGCUCGUGCUCCUAAUCCGGCAGGUCAACCGGCUAGUUUCUGAAACCAAGUGUUGACUACGACUACAGAGAAUGGCAACUUGGUGUAUAAGUAUAACAAAUGCUAUGGAUCCAUCGACCAUUGUAACAAAUUUAUAAUCACAAAGUUUUAAUGACAACUUGGUGUAUAACAAACGGUUUGGAACCAUUGACCACUCGGUUGAGUGUAAGAAUUCUUCACAAUGACAAA